CCCGCUACCUGCUUCAGUGCUGCUGUUGGGGGUUAUAUUACUUUGUACCCGGAUAUGUAUAGGGUUCUGUGCCUGUAGAUAAAGAAGGCAGGAUAUGAUGUAAGUGACAGAAGAUUGAGGAAGACCUUCUUUUUAGCACUUCACCUGGUCUGAGGUGGCAAAGUCAACUCUGGCGAUUGAGCCCUGGUCUACUGGUCUGCCCUGGUCUACCUCAGGCAAUAAUUACAUGAUUCAUGUUGAAAGGAGAAAUCGGUCUAAAACAUCUUUAUUCAGGGAGGGAAGGGAAGCCAACGAUUAAUCAUGUCAGAAAGUGAUAAAGAACUAGUGGACAUGGUAUGGGGUAAGAAAAAUGCCAACGAUUUGGUGGACUCUGUGUUCAAACGUUGGACCCAAGGAUUUGUCUUCAGUGCCUCAGAACCAACAGCAUUAGAGCAAUUUGAAGGUGGUCCAUGUGCUGUGCUUGCACCUGUACAGGCUUUUCUUCUAAAAAGGCAAUUGUUUAACACUGAGCAUUCCAACUGGAGGUCUUGCCAAGAUGAAGAGCAGAAAGAAAUUCUUUGCCAAACACUAAGUGAUAUUCUUGAAAUGGUUAGCUUUAAUUCAAAUUUGUACUACUUGGCAAGCUGGCUUAAAGGGAAAGCUACACAAAAGUCAGUGCCGGAAUCCAGUCAGCAAAACGAGCAGCCUACUGCCUUGGCUGCAGAGGAGCUUGGCUUUGAGCGAUUUCAUGCAUUAAUUCAAAAAAGAAGAUUUAACAGUUUAAGUGAACUCAAGGAAGCCAUUCUGGAAAGCUAUUCUACAUGGAGAAAUAAGCAUGGCGUCCUGCUUUUCCUGUACUCUGUCAUUCUUACUAAGGGAAUUGAAAAUGUCAAAAAUGAAAUUGAAGAUGCAGAACGGCCUUUGAUUGAUCCUGUGUAUGGGCAUGGCAGCCAAAGUUUAAUCAACCUCCUCCUAACUGGACACGCUGUUUCCAACGUUUGGGAUGGGGAUCGGGAGUGCUCAGGGAUGAAACUACUUGGUAUUCACAGCCAAGCAGAUGUGGGCUUCCUGACAUUAAUUGAGUCAUUUCGGUUUUGUAAGGUCGGCUCCUACUUGAAAUCACCAAAGUUUCUUAUCUGGGUAAUUGGAAGUGAAACUCACCUCACAGUGUUUUUUGCCAAGGAAAUGGCCCUUGUUGCCCCCGAGACUCCGUCUGAACAAGCAAGGAGAGUAUUUCAAACCUAUGAUCCAGAAGAUAAUGGAUUCAUUCCUGAUGCCUUGCUAGAGGAUGUCAUGAAAGCUUUGGAUCUUGUGUCGGAUACAGAGUAUGUAAAUCUCAUGAAGACUAAAUUAGACCCAGAAGGACUAGGUAUUAUUUUACUGGGACCUUUUCUGGUGGAAUUUUUCCUGGAGCAGAGUUCAAAAGUUCCAGAAUCUUUUACUGUGUAUCAUUACAAUGGAUUAAGGCAGUCUAACCACAACGAGAAGGUCGCUUACACAGAAGGAACAGCAGUGAUGGGCUUUAAAGACCCGAGGUUACAGACGGACGAUACUCCUGUCAAACACUGUCUACAGACCAAAUGGCCAUUUGUAGAACUUCUCUGGUCCACAGACAGGCCACCCUCAUUAAAUUAAUGGAACAUUGCAACAUAUUAUUGGAACUCGCUUAUUAUUAACUGCAAAUGGUCUGUGUUCAUGCUGGGUAUUGCAACUUCUCAUUUUAAUGUAUUAAUCGCACUGAAAUCGAUUACAGCAAAUCCCUUCAAUGGACAAACAUUCCCGUAAGCCUAGAACUGUGACUAAAUGUCAGAUACAGUGAUGUUUACAUAGGGGGCCUUGCCCAAAGGUUGGCGCUCAUAAACCAAAAACGUUUGCUUUACAGUCUUGCUAUCUCUUGGUCGGAAAGGCAGUUUCUGUGAUCCCAUUGGAUCAGUCGGUCUGCCUAGACUGAUAAUCUAUCCUGCCAGGUGAGUGUAUGGGGCUGAGAAUGGGGGAGGCAGUUACUCUCUCCCAUUUAUAUUCCUGUGUUGCACUCACUUAGAUUAACAAGACCCAUUAUAGUUUAGAAAUUCCACUCUCACAAAUCUAAAUUGACCUGGACCAGCAUCAGGGCAUCUCUAAUUACACCAAAGACCCUAAGGGUCAGGGCACACAGGCAGAUUCGGGGAGAUUAGUCGCCCGGCGACAAAUCUCCUCUUCUUCGGGAUGACUCAUCUCCCCAAACUGCCUACCCUGCCUUCCGGUGGCUAAAAUGUAAAUCACCGGCAGGAUGAAACUCGGAGCGUUUCGUUUUCCGAUGUCGUCCAAAGUUUCCUCGGCCUGUGUUUCCUCUGAAGUUUUUUCUGCCUGUGUGCCCUGACCAUAAAUAUUUGUUCUCUUAUGAAACACUGUUGUGAAAGAACUAUACCUAUUGGAAUGCUCUUUCAUAGGAGACUACUGUUCCUAAACUGGAGGUUGCACAUGGAGAAGCACAGAAGCUGUACCUGGGUAAUGUAUAUGUUUCAGACGAUAACUUCAUCCCUGUCUCAGUGAAUGGACAUUUAAGACUUACCAUGUGCAUCCGUUGCAUUGGCCAGGCCUCUCCAGAAAGAGCAGAGCCAUUACCCUAUGGGUUUUUUCUCAAGUAUUCCGAUCCAUGCUAUUGCCAAAUACCCUUGUUCUGCCUGUUCCUGAGCAGCAGAUUAAGCUCAAUCCUUCUCCUCCUUAUGUUUAUCACUGUGUUCAGAGCAUGAAAAACAUCUGUGACCACAUGAGUAUGUUAAAUUAUUUAUUAUGAUCAAAUUGCUGGCCUUUAAAUAAACAAACUCUUUUCUCAA